GUGACUUCCUCUUUCCAGCCCAUUUAAGGCCCCGCCGGGAGCGCCCUGCAGCAGCGAAGGCGGUGCACAGCCAUGGGGGACUCCUUUAUCCGCCACAUCGCCCUCCUGGGCUUCGAGAAGCGCUUCGUCCCCAGCCAGCACUACGUAUAUAUGUUCCUGGUGAAGUGGCAGGACCUGUCGGAGAAGGUGGUCUACCGGCGGUUCACGGAGAUCUACGAGUUCCAUAAAACCUUAAAGGAACUGUUUCCUAUAGAGGCAGGGGACAUCAAUGCAGAGAACAGGAUUAUCCCCCACCUGCCAGCCCCGCGGUGGUUUGAUGGGCAGCGGGCCGCCGAGAGCCGCCAGGGCACCCUCACUGAAUACUGCAGCACCCUCAUGGGCCUGCCCGCCAAGAUCUCCCGUUGCCCCCAUGUGCUCAACUUCUUCAAGGUGCGCCCUGACGACCUCCAGCUCCCCAGCGACAGCCAGGUGAAAAAGCCCGAGACAUACCUGGUGUCCAAGGAUGGCAAGAACAGCAUUGCAGACAUCACAGGGCCCAUCAUCCUGCAGACAUACCGUGCCAUCGCCGACUACGCAAAGACCUCGGGCUCUGAGAUGGCUCUGGCCUCUGGCGACGUGGUGGAGGUCGUGGAGAAGAACGAGAGUGGCUGGUGGUUCUGCCAAAUGAAGGCAAAGCGUGGCUGGAUACCAGCAUCCUACUUGGAGCCCCUGGAUGGUCCUGAUGAGGCGGAGGACCCAGAGCCCAACUAUGCAGGUGAGCCCUACGUUGCAAUCAAAGCCUACACCGCUUUGUUGGAGGAUGAGGUGUCCCUGCAGGAGGGUGAAACUGUGGAGGUCAUCCAUAAGCUCCUGGACGGCUGGUGGGUCAUCAGGAAAGAAGACAUCACGGGCUACUUCCCGUCCAUGUACCUGCAGAAGUCGGGGCAGGACAUAGCCGAGGCCCAACGCCAGAUCAAGAGACGAGGAGCACCGCCGCGCAGGUCGUCCAUCCGCAACGCGCGCAGCAUCCACCAGCGGUCGCGGAAUCGCCUCAGCCAGGACACCUACCGGCGCAACAGCGUCCGCUACCUGCAGCAGCGCCGCCGCCUGGGGCAGCCGGGGCCGCAGAACCCAGGGAGCCUGAGGCAAGAGGAGCCGCAGACCCAAAGCCCGAAGCCGCAGCCAGCGGUACCCCCUCGGCCCAGCGCAGACCUCAUCCUUCACCGUUGCAGCGAGAGCACCAAGCGGAAGCUGGCAUCCUCCGUCUGAACCCGGGCUGGCGCCCUGGCCCCUCCGCCCUCUCGCGCCGCCUUCUGCCCCGAACCCUGUAGAUACGUGUAAAGAGACUGAGGUGUGGACACAGAGGGCAGCCCGGGUCCUGCCCCAACCUAGCUGUUCCCUGCCCUCAAUAAAUGUUGCUUGGAGUGGGCAUAGUCUCUGCAGGGAUGCGGGGCGGGCUGUGCUGCCCUUGAGGGUAUUUCUAGAAUGAGGACGGAGGUGUGUGAGCUCCGCUGGGGGAAAAUUGCAAGAACCAAGGUCCGGUUGCAUACUGACCUGGUCUUGACCAAGACCAAGUUUGCACAAGGCCAAGUGCAAGAGGAACCCGCAUGCCCUGCUGGCUGUUUGGACAGAAACUGCUUGAAUUCUGGGCCCACUGUAGAAGAGCCCUGAAGAAGAGUGGAGACAGGGCACAGUCAGGGCGGUAACCUUGACUGUGUGCUCCAGUUGACAAAAAAAAAUUGUAACUUAGGUAUUAGGGAGGGGCACCUCUGAUUAUUCACUGAGAGCCUGCUCAGCCCAGAGGCUGUACCAGCAAGCGGUUAUUCACUGAUGAACAGAGCAUCACCGUUUAGCCCAACACUGCAGCCAGCCCAAGGCCUCCGAGUCUUUGCUGGCAGGGCUUUCCCAAAGAGUUGAUUCAAAGGAAAAUAGCCCGUGAAUGGUCCAGUCAACAGAAGGCCACCCAGCCUGACCCCUGCUGUGCCCUCACCUUUCCCCAACGGGCUAACCACCAGGGAGCAACACAUGGCAGAUGUGCUGAGGGUGCAUGACAGACAUCUGCUAGGUCCCCAUAUCAGGCACAGUGACCUUAGAAGAGGAAGAACAUGGACUCUGGGGUCACAGAGACCGGGGUUUGAACCCUGACUCCUCCUCCACUGGUGGUGUGGCACCAGGCAGGCCAUUAAUCACUGAGCCCCAGUUGCCUGUGUAUGUCCUGUAGGACUGGCAGGGCCACACCUCUGAUUUGGUGUCAACAGCUGCUUGGGUACACCAGGAACUGGUCCCCACAGCUCCCAUUGGAAACCAGACUGUCCAGUGUCCCUUCCCCAAGAGGAGUCUUCGAGCCAAGCAGCCCAGCUGCCCCUGCAGCCGGCCUCCCGAGGGCAGGAAGUGGGUCGCUUCCCCUGAAGACACGCACCCAGGCUCCAGCCAGGCCCGGUGCCUUAUGCAGCUAACCAUCUGGAGGCUGGUCUCUCCCUCCCACAGCCUGUACCAUUUUUAUCCAGGCCUUUCUCUCCAUUGUUUCCCGAAUGGGUCAUCAGGUCCAGAGCCCCAGCUUUUUUGUACCCUAGUCAGAUUUAAUUCCUCCAAUCCCUAAAGUACUCACAAUUUUGGAUAUAAUUCCAGUGACCGAUAGAGAUUAACACACACACACACACACACACACACACACACACACACACAAAACAUAUGCUUUCAAAUAUAUAUGUAUAUGCUUUCAAAUGGUAACCCUCCAAGGGAAAAAUGCUAUAAAGGAAAGAACAUUAAUUACUUGGCCAACUGGCAAAACUGGAGUCCGAAUGGUAAACUAGAUAAAAGUACUGCAUCCAUGUUCCACUUGGCUGGAGUUGGUAACUAAACUAUGGUUAAUUAAGAGAAAGUCCCUAUUCUUAGAAAAUAGUUCCUAAAGGAUUAGGGUAAAUGAUGUAGGUAACUUUAUCUCAAAUGACUCAGAAAAAAAAUUAUGCACAUACAUUUAUACACACAUUACAGACACAGACAUUCAUUUAUGCACACUUACAGGCAGUGCUGUACACCACACACACAAAAGGGAGAGAAAGCAAAUGAUAAAAGAUACAAUGUUAAGAUGAGAAUCUAGCAAAAGAACAUCUAAGUGUUCUUCACACUGUUUUCAUUUCUGCAACUUCUGUAUAAAUUUGAAACGAUUUCAAAAUAAGUUAAAAAAAAAAAAGGCAACCUCCAAACCUCACCUUACUUUGCCUUUGAAAGCCUAGGUUAUUUAUUUUGGGUUCCCCAUUUUCAGCCCUACCUUUCUGGAUUCGUGUGGAGGCGCAGAGAUAGAUAAUACUGGAACACUAUGGUAUGUGAAUACACCUCCAGCUGAUUUUCCUUGAGCUUGGAAACAUGUUAGAUCAUAAGGGAUACCAUACACAAGGGGGGAGAUAUACAUGUGUGGAGAU